CAUUACAAAGAGACCUGCUCGGUGUUCUGGUCCAACUUUAAGCCCGGUUCUGGUCCCGAACUUUUCCCUCUGGUUCUUUCCGUGUUUUUCUCGCAGAAACAGCUGAAAUGUGGACCUGCUGGGAGGGUGGCGGUUCCUCCGGACGGGCGCUGGAGACUCUCCGCCCAGUAACGGUCCGGUGUUAGCCGGGCGGCGGCUAGCCCCUCUGCGCGCCCCGGUCCUCCGAGCAGCCCGGUCCACAUGGAGCGCAGAACUUUCUCCCGGUACUCCUGGAUCGACUUCGCCUUCUCGGUGGUGGGAGUUUGCACCUUCCUCUUCGACUGGGGCUCCGACCUGUGGCUGGCCAGGGAGUUCUACUGCCGGGGGGAACUCUUCUGGUUCGGGGUGUUGGUCAGCCUCAUGGUUCUGUCCUCCGUCGUGGUCCAGGUGUUCAGCUGGUUCUGGUUCCGGUACGAUCGCGAGCUGCCGGGGUUCGGCGAGCAGGCUGCCGGGACAGGAGGCGUGCUCUUCGGGGACCGAGUGAAGCUGUUCCGCCUGUUACACGUUCUCCAACUGGGCUUCCUGUGCAGACACAUCUCCGCCAUACGCCAGGGCUUCAGGGUGUGGUGGAGGAAGGAGGAGGGCUCCGAGUACGCCGUCUACCUCACGCACGAUCUGAGCAUGCUCCGUCUGAUCGAGACCUUCUGCGAGAGCGCCCCCCAGCUCGUCCUGAUGAUCUACGUCAUGCUCAGCGCCAACAAAGCCAGGACGGUCCAGUUCGUCAGCGUGGCGGCCUCCACCACCUCCAUCGCCUGGAUGGUGGUGGACUACCACCGCUCGCUGCGCGCCUUCCUGCCAGACAAGGCCGAGCAGCGCUGGGGUUCCUCGCUGGUCUACUUCCUGUGGAACCUGCUGCUGAUCGGGCCCCGCGUGGCGGCCCUCGCCCUCUUCUCCUCCGUCCUGCCCGGCUUCAUCGCGCUGCACUUCCUGCUGCUGUGGCCGGCGCUGGCGCUGUGGGCGUGGCGGCAGAGGACCCACUUCAUGGACAGCGCCGGGGGGGAGCGGCUGUACCGCGCCACCGUGGGCCUCAUCUGGUACUUCAGCUGGUUCAACGUGGCCGAGGGCCGCACGCUGGGCCGCAGCCUCAUCUACCACUCCUUCAUCAGCGUGGACGUGGCCGUGCUGCUCGCCACCUGGUGGCGCUACAGAGACCCGGCGCAGACGGCGGCGUACGGCCUGGCUCUGCUGGUCGCCCUGCCCCUCACCUACCUGCUGGGUCUGCUGCUCAAAGCCCUCUACUACUGCUGCUUCCACCCCAAGCUGCUGGGGCCCCUGGACAGGGACCCGGGGCCGCCGGCCGACCUGCCCGACUCUGACGCCGCCUUCAGGGCCUUCACCGUCCAGGACGAGGCGCCGGACUCCCGGCUGCUCAACCAGCGCAUGGCCCGCCACGCCGCUCACUUCUACAGCGGCGGGCGGGCCGAGGCGCCGCCUUCCUGAGGUCACAGGUCGCUGUCUGGGUCCGGCCCGCCUGGUUCUGCUGCAGCGGAUCUAACCGUGUGAACCGAGCCGAGACCCGAUCCGUGGAGCCUGGAGGAGAAAAGCCAGAAAAAACCAGCAGAAAACCUCAAACUCUGCAUUCCCUCAGAUGGAUGACGCUCCAGCGUCUGACCCGUUCUGACCCGUUCUGACCCGUUCUGACCUGGUCUGACCCGGUC